AUGCAACUUAACGCAGUAAUCUCCACGGCCCUUGUGGUCGUUUCUGUGAUAUUUCCUAUCAUAUCAUUGGUGGCUGUCCUGUUCCGCCUCAAAGCGCGCAGGAAAUCGCGGCUGGGGUUUAUGUCCGACGACUGGUGGAUCGUUGCAGCAUGGAUUGUUUGUCUGGGGUUGAGCUUGAACCUCUGGAUAUUUGCCAGCAUCACGGGCAUUGACAAGUACAAAAUCAAUUACUUGAAUGGAAUUGAAAGAUCAAUGCAGUGUCUAUUGAUCUGUAGCGUGAUCCUACAACCCUGUUUGACAGCGGUCAAAAUAUCCAUCUUGCUCUUUUACAAGCGGAUUUUCUCUGUAAAGUCGUUCGCCAUAGCUACAUGGGUCGCAAUUGCCGUGUUGGUUCUGCUGGAAGGUGACCCGAUCAGCAUGUCGUGGACAGGGAUUGGUCAUUUUCGAUUUGAUGAAGUCGCAGUUGGACUAGCCCAGUCCGGAACCAGCAUUGCUCUGGAUGUAAUUGUCCUCAUAUUUCCGAUUCCAAUGCUUUUCUCCCUUCAGAUGCCGACACGCCAGAAGGUUGGUGUCAUGAUGAUAUUCUGGCUAGGUGCCUUCUGCUGUGUCGCUGCCAUUGUACGACUUGUUCUACUACAUGCCUCACUAUCUGAGGUCGCCGAGGAUAGCAUGCAGCUUCGGUUUGUGGAGGCUUUCUAUGAGCACGAGAAACUGAUAGUGAGGAAGAGCAAACGAUUCGAGUUCAUGUAUGAAGAGCAGGUCAGCAAAAACCUGAACACUGUGCUCGGUAUAAUGGCUUCCUACCGGAUUGGAGAUCCCAGUGAUUUGAGUUGUCCCAUACCCAACAAAUUCGACUCAUACACCGAUGGGGCGGUACGCUCCAUUCAACGUGCGAAUAUUUUCGCAGUCUUCGAAGCCAAGAAGCGGAGACGGGAUGCUCGGCGCGACAGAAUCGCGAUCCAAGAAACCUGCCAGCUAGCGGGGUGGCAUCUAAUAGAUUCGGCUAAGAAAGAAGCCUGUUUCAAUGGCCACCUCCUGCUGGUCAGCCAGGACCGGGACGAACUCUACGUCACGUUCGCCGGGUACAAUGAGUCCUACAAUCGGUACAUCAUGGGCUCAACCACCGAGAAACCCUUCCUUGUGUUGCACAUCAUGGACUUGAGAAUGAACUUGAGAAUGAACUUGAGAAUGAAUUUGAGAUUGGACUUGAGAAGGGACUUGAGAAGGGAUUAA